GGGGGUCGCUUCUUCUCUCCAUCGGGAAGGAAGAAUGCAAUCGAGAGUGGUAGCGAUCAGGUCGCGUUUGUUCUUCUCCGCAGCCCGCACGCGACUUCCUCCAUGGUCACGUGCGACGAACUCUUGUGCAAGUAGGCCUGGGGACACUGCCGUACACUCGGAAGACCCUCAUGGAGCAAUCUCAACCCUUCAUUACAUACCUUUUCUUGGGGUAAACCCCGUUAAAGGGAGGGACGCGGAUCAGGUGGCCCAGCGGUGGUGUGUCGAUGUGCCCCACAGAUCUUUGGGUUACAGAACUCUCUGUAAUUCUGUAACAGAAACUCGCUUUCCUCUGUCCUACCCAUCUGAUGGAUCUGAUGGAUAUGGACAACUAAAACAAACGGUCCAUAUUCAUCAGGGCCCAAUCGGGUGGUUACGAUUAGCCAAUGAUGCAAUCUUCUUUCAGGGAGAAGAGGCAGACGAAGCUGCAAAAGCUUCCAUGGCUCAAGAGCAACAGCAUCCUAACAAGAGCCGCGAAAAGAGCCCACCACCAUCAUCAUCAAGAACACCUUACGCUCCUUCACCGAAGCUGGAGAAUUCAAGCGUAAAUCCGCCCAUGGAGCCAACGUUCCAACAGAAGCGAAGCUGCCAUGCGCCAGCAACUGUUGUGAUUGAUGAUGUGGUGUGCGUCGGGUUGGAUGGAAUGCCUGUCGAUGUUGAGCAACGGGAAGAAGAAGAUGACGACAUAGCUUACUACAGAGAGCACAAGCCAUCUCCGCUGUCGGAGAUAGAGUUUGUGGACACGAGGGUGCCGUUAAGGCGGGUGACUGAUGGAGGAUCGGAUGAUGAUGAGCAUAUUGAGGUGAGAGGAUGGAGAGAAGAGCAGCUAGAUACUGCAGAAGCUGCUCUCUUGAGAGCUGAAGCUAUGUUUAGAGAAGCGGCUGAGAGGGGCGAUCCUGACUCUCCUCAAGCAAGGGUUCUCGCGGCAUUUAAAGCGAGAGAGCUACAGUUGUAGUGUUGUUCCCUGUGUGUGAGAGAGAGAUGUACAGUUGUUUUUCCGUCGUUAUGGGAUAAUCUAAUCUAACAAGUGAAA